UUUGCAAAUGCUGGUUAAAACAUAAACAAACAUCACAAAUGGCUACCUUAUGCAAUUUUUACUCAUUUCUCUUCUAUUUCGACAAAAUUCAACUGAGAAAAACUAGCUCACUCAAAAUCCGAUCGGAAAAAAUCAGCCGCAAAUUCUCAGAGAUUUAAUAAUGGCUCCCGUUGCUCCCAGAUCCGGCGACGCCAUUUUCGCCAACGUUGAACGAGUGAAUGCUGAACUUUUCACCUUAACGUACGGUGCGAUCGUGCGACAACUGCUUACCGAUCUGGAGGAGGUUGAGGAAGUCAACAAACAGCUUGAUCAAAUGGGUUAUAACAUUGGAAUUCGUCUCAUUGAUGAGUUUCUGGCAAAAUCUAACGUUUCUAGGUGUAUUGAUUUCAAGGAAACAGCUGAAGUCAUUGCCAAGGUUGGCCUCAAAAUGUUCCUAGGUGUCACAGCUACUGUGGGAAAUUGGAAUGCUGAGGGAACAACGUGCAGUUUAAUUCUGGAGGACAACCCCUUGGUAGAAUUUGUUGAGCUCCCUGAUACAUGUCAAGGUCUAUAUUACUGUAACAUCUUAAGUGGAGUAAUCAGAGGGGCAUUAGAGAUGGUGUCAAUGAAGACUGAAAUCACAUGGAUCCGUGAUAUGCUUAGAGGGGAUGAUGCAUUCGAGCUGCAGCUGAAACUUCUGAAGCAAGUUCCUGAGGAGUAUCCUUACAAAGACGACGAGUAACAGCUGAAACUUAUGGAUGUUGUAUUACUUCUUUAGUUCAUCUUAAAGCGCAUUGUGCUAUGUGAUCUAGAAAUAUUAAGCUCCCUUAACCCUCCAUUGUGAUAAAAAUAUUUCUUUCUAGUAUUCACUUACAAUGUUUAUGGUUAGAAGCUACCCAGAAUUUAUUUUGCCA